GUUUUAACUACCAUUCUUCGCCGGAGACAAAAUUGGGAGUUUAACAAACGGUCCAGUCAUGAACCCUCAAACCUUUGUUUUCAUCAACAAAACCCACCAGUCCAAAUCGUCCGAUUCAACUCCUUUGACUCGGCUGCAACUCACCCUCGACGACGAUGCUUAGAGGCAAGCUCAAGUUCGUAGAAAAGCCCAGCCGUGCCUUCCCAGACAGGCUCGGAAGUCUUGUAGCCGGCUUUGACGAAGAGGUGGAUGAAAUUUCAGGAUCGGAAAAUGUAUUUGAGUGCGGAGAAGAGCUCGAGAUCAUCCAGCCCAACGGGUUCGGUUCGGGUGAUGGGGAUAGCGAUGAGACCAUUAAUGGCGGGUCGGAUCGUGAGGUCCGGCCAAGACCAGAUAAAGAUGGAUCAGCUUUUGUCUCUGUAAAGAAGGUUAUUGCUGCGGAUGAGAAGCGGUCUGAUCUCGAGUACGAGCUAUCUCAGAAGGAGAUAAACUUGGAAAAGCUACAAAGAAUUGCUAGCACAGGACUUCCUGAUGGAGGAAGUAUACGUGCCACAGCUUGGAAGUUGUUGUUGGGUUUCUUACCUCCUUCACAUGACAUGUGGGAAAAGGAGCUGGAUGAGAAUCGACAGAAGUAUGCUAAGCUAAAGGAGGAGCUUCUACUGACUCCUUCAGACCUUGCAAGGAUGAAAGAUGAGGCAUUGAGUACUGAGAAUCAGAAGGACGACGGACCACUCAAGCGACAUGAAGUUUCUCAUGAGGAUCACCCUCUCAGCUUGGGUAAGUGUAGCUUUUGGCAUCAAUACUUCCAGUAUACGGAGAUCGUGGAACAAAUCGACCGUGACCUUCAGCGCACACAUCCUGACAUUAAAUUCUUCUCAGGCGAUUCCUCAUUCAGUAAGAAAAACAGGGAAGCAAUGAGGAAUAUUCUUAUCCUCUUUGCAAAACUAAAUCCCGCUAUUAGAUAUGUUCAAGGCAUGAACGAGGUCUUGGCACCGUUAUACUACGUAUUUAGUAGAGACACCAAUGAGCAAAACGCUGCAAAUGCAGAAGCAGAUAGUUUUGCUUGUUUUGUCCGGCUCAUGAGCGACUCAGUUGAUCACUUCUGUCAACAGUUGGAUAAUAGCUCAGCGGGAAUACUUUCUACUCUUUCGCGCUUGGCGGAGUUUCUGAAAGCGAAUGAUGAGGAAUUGUGGCGGCAUCUUGAGUUUACCACUAAGGUUAAGCCACAAUUCUAUGCAUUCAGAUGGAUCACAUUGCUCCUUACUCAAGAAUUUGAAUUUCAAUCCAUUUUAAGAAUAUGGGAUGCUCUCCUGAGCAACCCUUUUGGUGUGCAGGAUAUGCUUCUAAGGGUCUGUUGUGCAAUGCUGUUAUGUGUGAAAAGCAGGCUUCUGAGUGGCGAUUUUGCAGCUAAUUUAAAGCUUUUGCAGCACUAUCCUGACAUCAACAUUGAACAUCUUCUCAGAGUGGCUCAAUAUUUAAGUCCUGACACCACUUCAUCUUCUUUGUCUCUUUAAAUUCAGAGCAUUUUGUGUACAAGUAUUUUGCUGAUUAAAGUUUGUAGCCAUGCGAGAACCAUAAUAUUAUGGAAUGUGGAUUUUCGAUGGUUGGAAUGGAUGUAUGAAGGAGAA